AUGAUCAAUUCUCCGUGUGAUUCUGACGAUGUUGUCUUCGUCCAUGAGAACAAACCUGAGUUGAAGUCAAAGCCUUCCACUUUGGCUGUGAAAGAUGAUGAUGAUGAUGAUUGCGAGGUUCUAGAAGGUGACCCAGAAAAAUGUGUUGUUUCUGUGGAUGAGGAUGCAACUGGGUCGGACAAGUUGCAUGUAGUUGGGGAGAAGGGUCAGACAUGGAUGUAUGCCCUGUUUGUGUUAUUUGGAUGGGUCUCUUGUGAUCUGUUUAAUGGGUUUUGGUAUGUUACUGACUUGAACAUUGGGCCCAUUCAUGAAAAUUCUCUAAGUUGUGCCAAAAUUUUGGAAUUUAGACCACAAUUGUUUGAGCUCAAGCACCUUAAAGCUCUGUCCUUCUUCAAACUCUUUGAAUCACAACACAGGAAUCAAGUUACUAUCCCCAAGGGAAACUGGGAAAAACUGGCUGGCAGCUUAGAAUCACUUGAGUUUAGAUCAAACACAGGUCUCAUUGGAUUAAUUCCUUCAAGUUUUGGAGUCCUCAUGAACCCUCAGUCACUAGUAUUAUUAGAGAAUGGUUUGACAGAUGAGAUUCCACCAGAUAUUGGCAACCUCAACAAGUUGAAGAAGCAUGUUCUUGCUGUAAACUAUUUUACUGGGAAGAUUCCAGAUGUUUUUAGUGCAUUAACUGAGUUAUUAAUCUUUGAUUUAAGUAGAAAUUCUUGCAAGAAAUAUUGA